AUGAAAGGCCUUAAUUAUAAAAGCAAGCUAACAUAUACUUAUAGUAAAAAUUUUGAAGAGAUUUAAAGAAUAUUAGAAAAAGAUGGUUUUGAUAACUUUAAAUUAAAUGAUAAUUUAAAGAUUGUUGAAUAUUCAAUCGAUAAUUCAAAGUCAAUUCAAUUAAGUUUAUUACUUUAUCUAUAAGUAAGAUAAUGUUAAUAUAAAUAGGAAAUUCAAUUAAUAAGAUUUUCUAUUGCAUAACAAAUCUAAUUGUGUUAAAAUAUCUAUCUAAAAUACAAUUACCUCUAAAAAUAAAAUAUUUAACAUAAUUAUUUAAGUUCUGAUAGAAUUUGGUUAAAAGUAACAAAUAAUAAUUAAAUUACUAUUCUGCCAUAAUUUCUCUAAUAUUCAAUACAUUUUGUUGGUUUUGAUUGUCCUUUUUAUGAAAUAGAUAAUUAUUAAAAUUCCAAAAGAGAAGAUGGAUAAACCAUUAAAGAUAUCAUUAUAAAAAUUUUACAUUAAUUAAAGUAUAAAGAACUAAAGAAAACUAAAUCUCCAGAAAAAACAAUAGCACUUCAAAUUAUUUUUACAUCUUUGUUAGAAUAAGGAAUAUAUAAAUCAUUUGACAACUUUUUUGAAGAAUCUUCAAAAAUUUUAAAAAAAUAUAAUUAUAAAAAUUAAAGAUUAAGUGGUGUUGUUGAUAAAGAAUUAAAUAUUUUUAGAUCAAAACGAGCAAGAAGGAUAGAUGAUGUUAUUGAGAAUAUACAAUUAAUUAUAUUAAGUCAUUAUAAAGAAGGAUAAUCUUUUAAAUUUUAACAGAUUUUAUAUACAAUAUUCCCAAUAAUUGCAAAAGAAUUGAAAAAUGCAACAUUUUAUCAAAAUUAACUAUUACCCAAAAAUUAAAUUUAUUUAGAAUUUGAUAAAUAAAUAUUCUAUAUCAAUAAUUAAGAAGUUGAUUAGAUAAUAAAUGAAAAUAAAGAAUCAAUUAUGAAAGAUUUUAAAUUUGAAAUUGAUUUGUAAUAAAUCAAAGAAAUUAUAAAUUCAGAAUUACCAAAUCAAUUAAAAUUUUUAAACUAUUUUCUUAAUAAUGCUAAAUUUGCAGAUUAACAAAUUAAUAAUAUUUUAAGUUUCAUUAAUUAAUUCAAAAAAGAAAUAAUUCUAAAAGUAACCAUAUCAACAUUAAGAGAUUACUUAAAUUUAUAGAUAUUAAAAUUGAUUCAAGAAUUAAUAUGA